AUGUGUACUUCACCGCAACCUCCCACGCGAGCACACCUCGCGCAUCGCGUGGCCGCCAGCCCGGGUCCAGGCGGCGCUCGAGGUGCCGUGUCCAGCAGGGGGCGCUGCGGGCCCGUCCCUCCCGGGCCGCCCGGGCCGCCCACCCCGCGGGCGCGCCUCUCCGCAGUUGCAGCGCCGCCCGGGCCCGGGACCCGCUCCUUCCGAGAGCGCAGACCUCUCCGCGGGGAGCAGGAGGACGCGGCGCUCUGGCGGCCGCCCCUGGCCUCGCACCGGCUCGCGCCGCAGCCCCUCGCCGCGUCCCGCGCCGGCUGGGGAUGGGGCGGCCCGGCUGCGGCGCGGACGGGCGCCGGGGGGCUCCGCGCGCUGCUGCUGGCGCUGGCGGCCGCGGGGGUCCCGGCCGGCGCCUACAACCUGGACGCGCAGCGCCCCGUGCGCUUCCAGGGCCCGGCGGGCUCCUUCUUCGGCUACGCGGUGCUGGAGCACUUCCACGACAACACGCGCUGGGUCCUCGUGGGAGCACCGAAGGCAGAUUCUAAAUACAGCGCUUCAGUGAAGUCUCCUGGAGCUGUGUUUAAGUGCCGCGUCCACACCAACCCUGACCGGAGAUGCACCGAACUGGACAUGGCCCGAGACAAGAAUCGAGGUGCGACUUGUGGGAAGACCUGCCGGGGAGACCGGGACGAUGAGUGGAUGGGGGUGAGCCUGGCCCGGCAGCCCAGAGCAGAUGGCCGUGUUUUGGCAUGCGCCCAUCGCUGGAAGAACAUCUACUAUGAAACAGACCACAUCCUGCCCCACGGAUUCUGCUACCUCAUCCCGUCCAACCUCCAGGCCAAAGGCAAGACGCUGAUCCCCUGCUAUGAAGAGUAUAAGAAGAAGUAUGGGGAGGAACAUGGCUCCUGCCAGGCUGGGAUAGCAGGCUUCUUCACUGAGGAGCUGGUGGUCAUGGGUGCUCCAGGCUCCUUUUAUUGGGCUGGAACGCUCAAGGUGCUGAAUCUCACGGAGAACACGUAUUUUAAGCUGAAUGAUGAAGCGAUUAUGAACAGGCGCUAUACCUACCUGGGCUACGCAGUGACCGCGGGCCACUUCUCUCAUCCGUCCAUCACUGAUGUGGUAGGAGGUGCCCCACAGGAUGAAGGCAUUGGAAAGGUUUAUAUAUUCAGAGCGGACCGAAGAUCAGGGACCCUCGUAAAGAUUUUUCAGGCAUCAGGAAAAAAGAUGGGCUCUUACUUCGGCUCCUCCUUGUGCGCAGUUGACCUGAACAUGGACGGCCUCUCUGACCUGCUUGUGGGGGCCCCCAUGUUUUCUGAGAUCAGAGAUGAGGGGCAGGUCACCGUCUACCUCAACAAAGGAAGUGGAGCCCUUGAGGAGCAGCUAACCCUGACUGGAGAUGGCGCCUACAAUGCCCACUUUGGGGAGAGCAUCGCCAGCCUGGGGGAUCUGGAUGAUGACGGGUUCCCAGAUGUGGCUGUCGGGGCACCUAAGGAGGAUGGCUUUGCUGGUGCAGUCUAUAUCUACCAUGGUGAUGCCAAUGGGAUUGUGCCCCAGUACUCAAUGAAACUGUCUGGGAGGAAGAUAAAUCCGACCCUGCAGAUGUUCGGGCAGUCCAUAUCAGGGGGCAUUGAUAUGGAUGGAAAUGGCUAUCCUGAUGUCACCAUCGGUGCCUUCCUGUCCGACAGUGUAGUCCUCCUCAGGGCCAGACCGGUCAUCACGGUGGAUGUCUCCAUCUUCCUCCCAGGCUCCAUCAAUAUCACAGCGCCUCAGUGUCAUGACGGACAGCAGCCUGUCAACUGCCUGAAUGUCACUGUGUGCUUCCGGUUCCACGGCAAGCAUGUGCCGAAAGAAAUUGGUUUGAACUACAAUCUGACCGCUGAUGUGGCCCAAAAGGAGAAGGGCCAGCUUCCCAGAGUCUACCUUGUGUUGCUGGGAGAGACCGCUGGCCAGGUCUCGGAGAAGGUGCAGUUGACCCACAUGGAGGAGAUGUGCCAUCCCUACAUGGCCCAUGUCAAGCGGAGGGUCCAGGAUGUCAUCAGCCCCAUCGUGUUUGAAGCUGCCUACAGCCUGGAUGUUCAAGUGACUGGUGAGGAGGAGCGGGAGCUGCCGGAUCUGACACCAGUGCUACGCUGGAAGAAGGGACAAAAGAUCGCCCAGAAGAAUCAGACGGUUUUUGAAAGGAACUGCCGAUCUGAGGACUGCGCAGCCGACCUGCAGCUUCGGGGAAAACUGCUGCUUUCCAGUGUUGAUGAGAAAACCCCACACCUGGCUUUGGGGGCUGUGAAGAACAUUUCUCUGAACAUCUCCAUCUCCAACCUCGGGGACGACGCCUAUGACGCCAACGUGUCCUUCAAUGUUUCCCGGGAGCUCUUCUUCAUCAACAUGUGGCAGAAGGAGGAGAUGGGCAUUUCCUGUGAGCUGCUGGAAUCAGACUUCCUCAAGUGCAGCGUGGGGUUUCCUUUCAUGAGGUCAAAGUCGAAGUAUGAAUUCAGCGUCAUCUUUGAUACGAGCCAUCUGUCUGGGGAAGAGGAAAUUCUCACCUUCAUUGUGACUGCUCAGAGUGGCAACACGGAGCGCUCUGAAGCCCUACAUGACAAUGCUCUCACGCUGACGGUGCCACUGGUGCACGAGGUGGACACGUCCGUCACUGGAAUUGUGUCCCCAACCUCCUUCGUGUAUGGUGAGUCUGUGGACUCGUCCAACUUCAUUCAGCUGGAUGACCAGGAGUGUCAUUUCCAACCACUGAACGUCACUCUCCAGGUCUACAACACGGGCCCCAGCACCCUUCCUGGAUCAUCGGUCAGCAUCUCCUUCCCCAGUCGGCUGUCCCCAGGUGGCGCGGAGCUGUUUCGGGUCCAAGAGAUGGUGGUGAGCCAAGAGAAGGGUAACUGCUCUUUCCAGAGGAACCCGACCCCCUGCGUCAUCCCUCAAGACCAAGAAAAUAUCUUCCACACCAUUUUUGCUUUUUUCACCAAGUCUGGAAGAAAAGUGUUGGACUGUGAAAAACCAGGGAGUUUCUGCCUAACACUGUACUGCAACCUUAGUGCUGUCCCUAAAGAGGAGAGCCGCGCCAUUGACCUGUACAUGCUACUGAACACAGAGAUACUGAAGAAGGACAGCUCCUCUGUCAUCCAGUUCAUGGCUCGAGCCAAGGUGAAGGUGGAUCCUUCACUGAGAGUGGUGGAGAUAGCCAACGGGAACCCAGAAGAGACGCUGGUUGUCUUUGAAGCCUUGCACAAUCUGGAGCCCCGAGGCUAUGUCGUGGGGUGGAUCAUCGCCAUCAGUUUGCUGGUAGGGAUCCUCAUCUUCCUGCUGCUGGCUGUGCUGCUGUGGAAGAUGGGCUUCUUCCGCCGAAGGUACAAAGAGAUCAUUGAAGCCGAAAAAAACCGGAAAGAAAAUGAAGAUGGUUGGGACUGGGUCCAGAAAAACCAGUGACCCACCGUGCCAGUCAUGUGAUGCCCUCAUGUCCCCGUCACCAGCCUGUGGUCCUUGAUCUUUGUAUCUUCCAUAUUUGGAAGAAAGAAAUCUUCUCCAGAUUUUUCGGAGGCCCCACUGUUGCUGUAGUCUUCCUCACCCUGUCAAGCCCGGUACCGACCUGAGACGGCCACCUCCAGCCAGGUCACACGACUGGGGCCAACACCACUUCCCUUCACAGAAGAAACUCAGAACUUCGGAAAGACAAGCUACAGAGCAAAGCAAUAUUUAUGGAUGCAACAUUGAGCGGUCAACCCUCAGGGGAAAACUGUUACCUAAAAGUAUUUUUUAUAAAUGUAAGCCUUUUAUAUUGAUCAUGUCUUUAUAUUUGUAUCAAUGGUUUAUUAUUUCUAUUAAAUAGUUCUAUAAUUCACUCAAGCACUGAAACCUUGGAAAUACAUGUACCUGCAUACAAAUUUUAAAAAGAGAAGGAACUUACUGUACUUUGGAACUUGUUAGGAAAAAAAAAAACCUUGCAGAUAAACUGAAGAAACCUCAUGAAAUGAAUCCACCAAGCUGGGAGUACUACAAAAGCACCACGGACAUGGCAAGAGCACCUAAGACAUUUCCCAUGGUUUUCACCUGAAGUCAAGUUCAGAGAGCUUGAAGAAGUAUCAGUGCUUUCGCUUAUGGACCCCCCCUGGGAGAUUCUCAACAGGAACUGAGUUGGAAAGCCUGAUUUCCUCAUAGCAGAUGCUCUGUAUUACCCUAAUGCAUGCAUCAGCCACUGCAUCCUCCCUAUGGAGUCAGCAAGUACUGGAUGGACAACUGGUCAACCUCGGAAUAACAUCUCUUUCUUUCCAGACACCAUGCACCAAGGACCACAGCCCAGGACUGAAGCUGUGCUCAUUCAGCAAAGACCCGUGCCUGUGUGUGUACAGCCUGUUACUUUGCAGUGUGCGACUUUAGUUUAAGGGUCUCCAUUUCCUCACUUCCUCUUGCUGUCCCCAACUGGUAAUGUUGCAGGUUCCUUCCCAGAGAGGGACACCCUACUUGGUUUAUGUUUAUGUUGUAGGUGGGAUUUUCAAGAGUCAACCCCUUAAAUAGGACUUGGGUGCAAGUAAUUUAUUGAGGAUUUCUUCCCAGAAGGUAAUAGUGAGGAAGUGGAGAACACAGGACAGGGAAGUAGGGGAAGCCAGGGAACAGUGUCACUUCAGGAGACCACCCAUGAGGUGGCGUCAGCCCAGUGGGACCUCGUGGGCAAAUCAGGCUCAGGAGUCUGGACUUUUGUGGUCCCACACCUGCAGGGGAUAUAAACAUCCUGCCCUCUGUUCUUGCUGACAAGAUGACUCUGCCCUCUAGAGGAGAGCUUUGGGGGCAGCCUCAAGUAGGGAGACCCAGAAAUCAUGCAAAGAACUCUGAGCUAAACCAAGAGCUUUAGUGUCCACUCCCCCAUACAAGUGAAUCCUUCAGCUUUAGGUAACCAAAACAGCCAGGAAUCAAAACUGAUCCCAGAAGUCAAAUGCUGCAUCUGACUCUGGAAUGGAGACUGUGGUUGCCGAAGGAAGGGGCAGCCCAGGAAACCAGUCAGUGCCUAAGCUUUGUCAAAAGAAAGAAGGAAAGAAGGAAAGAAGCCAGGUACAGCCUGGACUGUGCGUCAGGCAUUGUGCUGGGUGCUGGGAGGAAGAGAACACAGCCACCUCUGGCUGGUAGGCCCUCCCACAAUAAGUGUGGAGUGUGGAUUCUUCGUGAACUCCAUUUGCAGCUGUUCUGUGGUGAUGAUGAUGUGUGAAUCACACCAUGGUUUCCUUUAAUAAAUCACUUGGGAUUGUUAGUUGGUAAAGCCACCACUGAACCAACUGCAGUUUUAGGUGAUUGCAUCUGUCCCCACUGGCUUGCUUUCUGCAAAGGGUAUGGCUACACCAGGGUCAGGAUAACGGUAACUCUGAUGCAUGGUUCAGCUAGCCAGCAAAGCCACACCUGAGGAAGCAUGGAUAAAGAGGAAGGACAGACUCUGCUAAAAAUGCCCACUUGUGCCUGAUCGUGAAUGGUGGACCCUCAAAGUUGGAACAUGCCCAGAAGGUCAUCACAAUCCAUGAGGCAGAUUCUAAGAAAACUAUAUAGUAGCCCCAGAAGCAAAUCCUAACAGCCAUUGUAGGGAAGAGAAAGCAUCUUUGCCUAUCUGAUGAUGCUGAGUGUCCCAUGACAGGAGAGCGAGGGACAUGGCUGCUUGGCACAGAGGCCGAGAAGGAGGUGGAAUGUUUUCUUGGAGUUCUCUCAACUGAGUAGUGUUGAGCCUUCUGUAGGCUAUGGGGGGAAGUGGGCAGGGGGUUGGUGUUCCUGUGUUACCUCUCUCUAGAACACUCUUUUAAAAACCCGCUGUGUAGCCUAUUGCACCCUUCUGCCUCUGAGUUCACUAUGGAAGCCCCUCAGACACUCUCAAGGGUGCUAUCCAUGGUUUUAACCAGAUCUCUGGACUGGACUGAAGCAGAGUUUUUGUUUGUUUGCUUGCUUGCUUGUUUUUGUUUUUAAGAUGAAGAGGGGCCCCUUUUUAAAAUUGCCUAAAGCAAUGUCCAUUUAAAAAGAAAGUCAACCCCCUUCUUCUCAGUUUACGUAGAAGUCAAGAAAGUCUACAUCAUCCCCAAAGUGAGCCCUGCCACAAAGAGGUCAUGAGAGUUGGAAGCACAAGAACCCUAGCAUGAAAGACCCGGGCAGCUGGCCUUGUGCUGGUUGACUAGUGCACACCCGGUGUCCCUGUCACUGUCCCUCAGGCAGCGCUUUGGGAAAGCACCUCAGUGCUCAGAGGUUUGGUAGGCUGUGUGAAGUCCCCCCACACCAAAUAUUGCGUGACUUCCUUUGCUAAAGCCAAAGCCAAGGAUAUGCUCACCAAACAGCAACCAUGCUCCUGGGGCACCCCGGUGAGCAGUGCCGUCUGUUGAGCACCAGUGUGGUGAGUGUGGAAAUGUUAUGCACGUUUAUCUAAGGAUGAGAUUACCUGGAAAAAAAAUGGGCUGAAUUUCUGACUUCCUGAAAGUCAGAGGUACCACAAAGCACUGUUAUUUGAGGGGUAGACUGGGAUGGACUGGGAUAGAGCUCAGUGUCAGAAUGCCUGCUUCACAGAUGCAGAGCACCAGGUUCAUUCCCGGCUACCUCCCCAGAAAUGCUACUGGGAGACCCACCCUUUAGUAAACAAAAGGCAGAAACUGAGCGUCCUUCACAGUUCCUCAAGAACACAGAAUUUUAAUAGACGUGGGUUUUGACAGUGGGGAAUGUUUUCUCUGAGGAUGGCUGAAGGGCGGCUGCAGAGCCAAGGGGGCCAGAUGAGCCUUCUAGAAUGUCUUCUGGGUUUUCAGCACAGUGGGGAAUGGUGGGCGGGUCCCCCGACGCGGUGUGAUGCUCUCCCCAGCUGACCUGGGUUCUGCUUUGUUAAGGUGUUUGGUUUGCUGCUUGGAAUCUGAUGUGUGGCUGGCAGUGUGGGUUUACGCUUUCCAAGCGGUUUGUUGCAUGGCAGGCACGCCUGCUCUCUGCAUGUCUGCAGCUUCCCUGAGGUAUACACACACACACACACACACACACACACACACACACACACACACACACUACCCAGGAGGAUUUGGGAGGGGGCUGUCCCUCCUCCCUGUGUCAUGUGUAUUCAAGGCUCCUCAGUCACUUCUGAUUCACUUGCACUGUUUGGAGAUGCCAGGUUUACAAAAAUAUGUGUUUGGAAUAAAAAGGAAAAAAAAAUGGCUUCA